GAAGGUUGUGAUAGAGUCGUCGUGUCUUGAGCAGUGAAUCUUUCAGCAGCUAGUGCUCGUUCAAAGUCCAAAUCAACAGCGAUUCCAAUUAUUUUGUGAACAUUAUUCAGACAACAAUUUGCCAGACAAAAAUGGAGGGAAAAACUGUAAUUAUUACGGGAGCCAACGGUGGCAUUGGCAAGGAAACCGCUAAGGAUCUAGCUGGACGUGGAGCACGCAUCAUUAUGGCAUGCAGAAAUCUGGAAACAGCAAAUGCUGUAAAGGAUGAAAUCAUUAAGGAGACCAACAAUAGGAAAAUUUUGGUCAAGAAACUCGAUUUGGGCUCUCAGAAAUCAGUGCGCGAGUUCGCUGCCGAUAUUGUUAAGACUGAGCCAAAGAUUGAUGUACUGAUACACAAUGCCGGCAUGGCACUCGCAUUCCGUGGCCAGACAAGUGAGGAUGGCGUCGAACUGACCAUGGCCACCAAUCAUUAUGGCCCAUUUUUGCUGACGCACUUGCUCAUCGAUGUGCUGAAGAAGAGCGCACCAGCGCGUAUUGUCAUUGUUGCCUCGGAGCUGUAUCGUUUGGCCUCCGUCAAUGUAAAUAAGCUGAAUCCCAUUGGCACCUUUCCCGCUGCCUAUUUGUACUAUGUGUCCAAGUUUGCCAACAUCUACUUUGCCCGCGAGCUGGCCAAGCGUAUGGAGGGCACCAAUGUUACAGUUAACUACUUGCAUCCCGGCAUGAUUGACUCGGGCAUUUGGCGCAAUGUGCCCUUCCCCCUGAAUCUGCCAAUGAUGGCCAUCACGAAGGGAUUCUUUAAAACAACCAAAGCGGGCGCACAGACCACCAUUUAUCUGGCGACCUCCGAUGAGGUGGCCAAUGUAUCUGGCAAGUAUUUCAUGGACUGCAAGGAAGCGACACUAAAUGCCGGCGCUAUGGACAUGGAGAAGGCUCGUCAAAUUUGGGAGGAGUCCGUUAAGAUUGUCAAACUGACGCCACAGGAUCCCAAGAUCUAAAAAGUGUUUGAAGAAAUUCUCAAUUAUUACACAUUUUGAUUACAUACACUAUCCAUAAUUUGGGGGGAGUAAAUCAUAAGCUUAAGUUUUCCACGUAAAUGAAUAAACGACAAAAGUCUUAAACAACCAA